AUGCACUUGCCUCAAGGAUUCCACAAGCAGGGGGAACAGAAGGCUGGUUCAGAUAUUGCCAUUAUCUUAGUCUAUGUAGAUGAUUUACUCAUCACUGGUAGCAAUCAUGUUCUUGUGGAGGAAGCUAAACAGACAUUACAUAGUUCAUUCAAGGUGAAAGACCUAGGAGACCUUAGGUAUUUUCUUGACAUUGAAGUACUGAGGUCAAACAAAGGAGUACUUCUUACUCAAAGGAAAUAUGCACUUCAAUUAAUCUCAGAUGUUGGACUUGCAAGUGCUAAGCCUAUUAAUACACCUAUAGAGCUCAAUCAGAAGUUGACUACCAUUGAUUAUGAUACACAUGUUGGUCAUAUUAGAGAUGUAGAAUUGUUGUCCAAACACCAGGAGAUCAGUUGUUAUAUUGCCAAGCUUGGGGACUCCCUGCUCUCGUGGAAGUCGAAGAAGCAACCAACAGUUAGCAAGAGUUCAGCAGAGGCUGAGUAUCGUAGUUUUGUAGCAGCAACUGCAGAAAUUACUUGGGUGUUAGGAUUGCUUAAGGAGCUGCAAAUUUCAGUUGAUGUUCCAGUUAGUUUGUACUGUGAUAGCAAGGCAGCUUUACAAAUAGCUGCCAAUCCCAUAUUUCACUAG